GUUCCUCCCCACAACGGGCGUUCAUAUCAUGUCUCAAUCAUGUGCAUUUUCCCCAUGGUCGUCUAUGCGAGCGACGUGCCUUGGGAAGCAAGUCCAAAAGUUCAAUUACUUGCGGUCAUGGCGAAGGUCAGGGAGCAAUAUCUGGUCAGGUUGUCCAAUGAGCAUCUUCCUCACAUCGGAUCCAGCCAAUAUUUCCAAGACAAUCCAAAUGCGCUGGCGAUCACAAACCUCAAAAAGGUCGAGGACAGCCUCCCUCUCAAUUGGCCCUUAGGAUCUGAUAACCCAAUGAUACAUAUUUUGGACAUGAGGCUUGGGCUUAGAUUGACAAAUUUGAUCGUCCGUGCGCCGACCCAUUUCUAUAAACGGAUUUCGUUCACCAUGCACUGCAGAAUGACGCACAUCUAG